UAUUUGUCAAAUAAAAACGAAAAUGUUACAGUGUCAAAAUCUAAAAAAAAUUGUAUCUAAACAAGGCCUAAGCAGUAGGAAACACAGAUUUCAAGCUGCAAAGGUGCCUUCAAAGACGAGACGAGAUGGCAAGACGAAGAAACAGGCCGCACUUAUUCGCAGUCGGCUGCUGCUGUUUGAACAGUGCUGCGUGAGGAAGACGAAGUCAAUCAACAAGCGACGGACCUGAGGCCCAGCGAGGUUGCUCCACAGCGACGGAGGAUGGCGGCGGAGAAGGGGAGCGUAGCAAGAUGGGGAUGAAUUGAUGAAUUCUUCAGGUUUUCUGAUGAACUUCCACGGCCGCACUCGGUGAACGAUUUGUACAUUUUACAGCCGAAAAAAACAUAAUAAACUCCCGUAAACCCCGCGGUCCUGUGCCGUGCGACGCGGGCGCGCGCCCGGGUCCAACCACGCCACGACGCCGAUGCCGCCGCCACCGGCGCGGCCGCAGGGGGUCACCUCCCUUCCCCACCAAUGCUCCGUACUCCUGCGGCGCCUCGCCGCGAGCCGCUCCCUGACUUCCUCCUCCUUCCUCCGCGCGCUCCGCUGCCUCCACGCGCGCCUCCUCACCUCCGCGCUCCUCCACGCGCCGCCGCACCCGCACCUCACGCUCCGCCUCAUCCACCUCUACACCCUCUCCGGCGACCUCCCCGCCGCCGCCACACUCUUCCGCGCCGACCCGUGCCCCGUCGCCGCCACGUCCCUCGUCGCCGCGUACGCCGCCGCGGGCCGCCUCCCCGCCGCCGUCUCCUUCUUCGACGCCGUCCCGCAGGCGCGCCGCGACACCGUCCUCCACAACGCCGUGAUCUCCGCGUACGCCCGCGCGUCCCACGCCGCGCCCGCGGUCGCCGUGUUCCGCUCCCUGCUCGCCUCCGGCUCCCUUCGGCCCGACGACUAUUCGUUCACCGCGCUACUGAGCGCCGCGGGCCACCUGCCCAACAUCUCUGUCCGGCACUGUGCGCAGCUGCAAUGCUCGGUGCUCAAGUCCGGCGCCGGGGGUGUCUUGUCGGUGUCCAACGCGCUCGUUGCGCUGUACAUGAAGUGCGAAGCGCUCGAGGCGACACGAGACGCACGGAAAGUGCUCGACGAAAUGCCGGAUAAGGACGCCCUUACGUGGACUACUAUGGUCGUUGGGUAUGUUAGGAGAGGCGACGUUGGUGCUGCUAGAUCAGUUUUCGAGGAGGUUGAUGUGAAGUUUGAUGUUGUGUGGAAUGCCAUGAUCUCAGGGUAUGUUCAUUCAGGAAUGGUCGUGGAGGCGUUUGAGUUGUUUAGAAGGAUGGUAUUGGAAAGGGUGCCUCUUGACGAGUUCACAUUUACGAGUGUUCUGAGUGCUUGUGCAAAUGCUGGUUUCUUUGCGCAUGGGAAAUCCGUCCAUGGUCAGAUCACUCGGCUGCAGCCAAAUUUUGUACCUGAGGCAGCUCUGCCUGUUAACAAUGCCUUGGUGACCUUGUACUCAAAGUGUGGGAAUAUUGCUGUUGCGAGAAGGAUAUUUGAUAAUAUGAAAUCGAAGGAUGUCGUUUCUUGGAACACCAUUUUAUCGGGGUAUGUUGAGAGCAGCUGUUUGGACAAGGCAGUUGAAGUAUUUGAGGAGAUGCCAUAUAAAAAUGAGUUGUCAUGGAUGGUGAUGGUAUCAGGAUAUGUUCAUGGAGGGUUUUCUGAAGAUGCACUUAAACUGUUUAACAGGAUGAGGGCUGAGGAUGUCAAGCCAUGUGACUACACCUAUGCUGGCGCUAUAUCUGCAUGUGGUGAACUUGGGUCACUGAAGCAUGGAAAGCAACUCCAUGGGCAUCUUGUGCAGCUUGGUUUUGAGGGGAGCAAUUCUGCAGGAAAUGCACUCAUUACCAUGUAUGCUAGAUGUGGUGCUGUGAAAGAAGCUCAUCUUAUGUUCCUUGUGAUGCCCAAUAUUGACUCUGUUUCGUGGAAUGCUAUGAUUUCAGCCCUUGGGCAGCAUGGACAUGGAAGAGAGGCACUAGAACUCUUUGAUCGCAUGGUUGCUGAAGGCAUAUAUCCCGAUAGGAUCUCUUUCCUCACAGUAUUGACAGCUUGCAAUCACUCUGGCCUAGUGGAUGAAGGCUUUCAAUAUUUCGAGUCCAUGAAGAGGGACUUUGGCAUUAUACCUGGAGAAGAUCACUAUACGCGACUGAUUGAUUUGCUCGGUCGGGCUGGACGGAUUGGAGAAGCUAGAGACUUGAUCAAGACGAUGCCUUUUGAGCCUACCCCAUCCAUUUGGGAGGCAAUUCUUUCCGGUUGCCGGACUAGUGGAGAUAUGGAACUUGGUGCUCAUGCUGCAGACCAGCUCUUUAAAAUGACACCGCAGCAUGAUGGUACAUAUAUCCUUUUGUCUAACACUUACUCGGCUGCAGGACGUUGGGUAGAUGCUGCCAGAGUAAGGAAGCUAAUGCGUGAUCGAGGGGUUAAGAAGGAACCUGGGUGCAGCUGGAUAGAAGCUGGAAACAAAGUUCAUGUGUUUGUCGUUGGUGAUACAAAACAUCCAGAAGCACACAAAGUUUACAAAUUCCUUGAAAUGGUUGGCGCCAGGAUGAGAAAGCUCGGAUAUGUUCCUGAUACAAAGGUUGUAUUGCAUGACAUGGAGCCUCAUCAGAAGGAACAUAUAUUAUUUGCACAUAGUGAGAGACUGGCGGUUGGUUUUGGACUCCUAAAGUUGCCUCCUGGAGCUACGGUUACAGUUCUUAAGAACUUGAGAAUAUGUGAUGAUUGUCAUGCUGUGAUGAUGUUCAUGUCAAAAGCAGUUGGAAGGGAGAUUGUUGUUAGGGAUGUUAGGCGGUUUCACCAUUUCAAGGAUGGGGAAUGUUCAUGUGGUAACUAUUGGUGAAUACUUUUGUCAUCAUAGCAUUGCAUCUGCUAGCAUAUGUCCUCCAGGUCCCUGCCUGAACUUUAUUUUUGAGCCAGCUUGGGUUUCAACUAAACAACAAGGAGACUUGAAUUGGAAUUCAGGGAGUGGACCAGCUUCAAUCAGAGAGACUUGGGUUUGUAUGGUGGCUCAGUUAACUCAGGUCUUAUUGUCAAUCAUUUAGUCAGUGUUUCGUCCAUGGCUUAAGAUUGGCGGUGCUACAUGCUACCCUGGGUGCUGGGGUUGACGCUCUGCCAAUGUUCAUUUGCCAAAAAAAAACUUCCAAAUCCAUAAUGUCAUUGGAAUGAUCUACUGAAUCUGAAAUUCUGAAUGCCACAAUGAUGAAACAUGGAAUUACAUCGUCAGCACAGAUAGAUGACAGCAAAUACAAGAGGGACAGGGACCAAAUCACAUCAACUCUCUAUGAGACUAUGAAUGAGGUUUUUCAGUAGUUGCCUAACGUUGGAUUAGUUGGAAACCCCGCAUUGGACUCAUCUUCAAGUAUCAAUGCCAUCUCCUUGGCAGUUUCUUCUCCAACAGUUUGGCAAAAGCAUUUGGCAUCCUUGGAUUUUUGCCAAAAUCACAAAAAAUGUUCUCCAACAAGUUGGCAAAAGGACUUGGCAAAUUGGGGAACUUGGCAUCUCCGGCCCUUCCAACAGCGAGGAGACCGACGUGGCGGGUAGUAGAGUUCAGCGCCGAUGCCCUUCUUCGUCGCGCGGAGGACCGACGUCGCGAGGACCGGCGUCGCCAGCUGGAGGACCGACGUCGAGAGUCAUUGCAAUGGAAGGGGAUGGAUUUUGGACUGACAUUCUUCGCAACAGAGUUUCCAACAAAAUUGAUGGUGAGCUUGCUGGUCUCGACGACCUCGAGAUUCCGAGGAUGCAAGAGACGCAGUAUGGCGUGAAAGAUUGCAUGGUCCUGUUUUCAGGCGACAGACAGAGAAGCAGCAGCUGCUGGUAACAAACAGGUGCAGAUGCCUGAUCAUGAUGCAAACAGGCGACGACAGAGAGGAAGAACGGGCGGCGGCGGAAGAGAUCGGCGCACGGCAGAGGAAGAGUCGGAGGUGAAGGGGCGCCCGCGCGAUCGAUCUCCGUCGCGUGCGCUUGAAGGGCGUCGCCCAGCCGAGGACCCACAACAAGUUAAGAUAUGUGGGCCACGAAUUUUAAAUUUGCCAAACCAAGUAGCAAACUGUUGGAUCAUGUCUAUUUUUUCGCUUGGCAAAUGGUUUUUAGACUUGACAAAAGUAUAGAUUUGCCUAGUGAUGUUUUGCAAACUGUUGGAGUUGCCCUUAUGGGCAAAUUAAUUUCCGGACAGAGAUGGCCAACAUGCUGGAAUUGCCCAACGAGGCAGUUUCAAAACCGUGCUCCCUUUCAUAGUUACUUUAUUGAAAUUCCAAAGAUAAUUGCCCA